AGAUGUUGUGCAACAGCUGGAAGUUCCGCGCUGAGAAGCACGCUGUUCCUCCCGAGAGAACCAGAGCAGCUAUGAACUGGGAAGAAGGACGGCGGCGCAUGUGCUCGCUUUUCACGUCCCCGGCACGCGCAGUGAACAAAACAUAACUCUGAUCUCGAUGUUUAGGAAACGCAGCCUGAUGUUGACCGCUGGAUUUUUGUAGCUCGUGUGUGCAGGAAUGGGUUUGUUUUUUUACACAGCUGGACCUGUCAGUCCCACCGAGCCGACUCUCGACGAGCAGGCACAACGAUGUGUUGGCGAGAAUAACCAGAGCUACGUUUGUGAGUCAGGGCACUGCUGUGAAGAGCUGCAGUGCUGCAACUACUAUUACGAGUUGUGGUGGUUCUGGUUGAUGUGUGCUAUUACCUUCAUCCUGACCUGUUGCUGUGUGUGUCAUCACCGCCGCGCCAAGCACAGACUGCAGCAGCAGCAGCGACAGCAUGAGAUCAACCUGAUUGCCUACAGAGAGGCUCGCAACUACACCUCACCUCCAUUCUACUUCAGGUUUCUACCAAGCUAUCUCCUCCCUGACUAUGAGGAUGUGACAAAUCAUCCUCUCACCCCACCACCUCCUUACUCUAAUCUAAACCCUGGACCACCAGCUUGUACCAACAAUGACCAGGAGGAGGCCCAAUGUCCAUCCAGACAGGCCACUCCCGUUCCCACAGUAUUGACAGCACUGUGCUCCAGUCCUGACACAGUGGAGCUUGAGAACUCCAGGGAGAACCAGAACAGAGAUAAUGGGAAAGACGGGGAGACCAUGUUAAAGCAGGACAUGGAUCACAAGGGCCAGGAACAGUGUGUGGAAGUACCCAAAGAGAAGACGGAUGAGCUCGUGGGAAGAAGGCGCCACUUUACAGGUGACUCUGGCAUUGAAGUGUGUUUGUGCAGCGGAAGAACUGAAAGCCACAGACCCAGAGUGCUUGAGGAGCUGUUACGCAAUGAAGACGACGGCAGCUUGAUGGAGUUUUGUGAUGACUGUGGAGCUAGAGAUGAUAAAGAUGAUGAGCAGGGGGCAGAGCUGGAUGCAUCACCACCACCACCACCACUCCAUCCUCUCUGCCUAUCUUUGCAUACCAUUAAUGAGCUGUAGGGGCCACAGGAGUGACAGAGUAGAGGGGGAUUAUAUUAAACAUAACGGAAACAGAGACCCAACAGUACACACCAUGUUUUGUGGAUGGUAUAUAGAGUAUGUCUAAGCCUUUUGACACUCUGAUGGUUGAAUGAUUUUUUUGUAGCUACAGCCGUGUUAGGUGGGGAAAAGAGUCGUAGCGGAUCCAGAACCUAUCCUAGAAACACUGGUUUUAAGGUGGGAAUACAUCCUGGAUGGGACACUAGUCCAUCACAAGGCAUCCAACACACAUUCACACACUCAUUAACACUUAGGGGUAAUCUAGAUUAGCCAAUCUAUUUACUGUCAUGGUUUGGGGGGUUGGAAGAAACCAGAGAUAUGAGCAGUGACUUGAGAUAAUGACAAGAUCCAAAGAUCACAUAAGAUCAAUAGAAUUGUUCGGUUUAAUGAGCCCUAUUAUUGUUUUGGUGAGUGCAAAGUUUGAUGUGUGGUCAUUCAUAUGUGGCUGGGAUAAGUUCAAAAAACUUGGGAAGAACUGGCCUAUGGGUGAUAUUUGCAAAGGAUCCUUGGACCCCACAGAUCCCCCCUUGUAGUUAUAUUGAUUGAUAUGCUGAUUUUCAUCAAGCUUUGUCAUUGGGGCUAGUUUGAGUAAUUCAAGCCAUAAAGUGUUUUACAUGAAAGCUUUUACUUUAAAGGAGACCUAUUUUAAGCCUUUUUACAAGAUGUAAUAUAAGUCUCAGUCGUCCCCAGAAUGUGUCUGAAGUUUCAGCUCAAAAUACCCCACGGAUCAUUUAUUUUACCAUGCUGAAAAUGCCCCCUUUUUGGGUGGAAGCAAAAACACACUGUUUUCGUGUGGUGUUCCCCGCCCCCUUUCCGGAAGAGGGCUGCGCCUACAGCUCGUGCUUUGGAUACUACAGCAGAUGUGCCUUUACAGUUCGUGCUUCGGAUACUAAAAUGAUUCGCCCAAAACGUACACAGUUUUCAAAAAGACAAUCACCUUACUGUAUUGUGCAUAAUAAAGGUGCGGUUAUGAAUUCUACAGACAGUAAGCGUUUUCGGGUUAAAAAUAAAAAUGACGAAAUAGCUCUGGUCUCCGUGAAUACAUUCAGAAACCAUGGUAGCAUUAGCCGCAUUAGCCGUGGUAUGCGCCAAUAAGCACAUUUGAAAACAUUCACGAAAACAUUGCAAACAUUCACGAAAUAUAAAGUGCAAUACUUACGUCUUCUGGGUGUGAAGCUGGAUCACGAACAGUUGGUACUGAUCCAUGCUUGAGAAUCAAGUUUUUAGCAAAUCCUUUUUUGUAAUGACCCUCGUUCACAAAGCAGUCUGGUGUAAAAUGAUUUAAGGUAUUUUUUGGGCAGAUUUCCUUCAAAAAUAAAACUUCUCCAUGGUGUCUUUAGAGGCUCUGAUGCUGGGAGUACUCUUAUGUUCAUUCUUACAGCCAACAAGAGAAUACUUACAAAGCUUACUAAGCUGAGACAUUCUUCUCCUCGCUGUAGCUGCUCCAGCAUGGAAAACAUGGUGGACUGUGUGCAGCUCACUCAGGGUAGGAUCUAUACUAAUAGGGCAGAGUCACUGGGCGGGGCUUGUUCCAACGUGACAUCACGUUGGGGUGAAAAUAAAAACGACUCAUUUUGAGACACUGUUUAUGAUUUAAUGGGAACAUAAAAAAGGAGUGGGUGGAUUUUUAGCAUUGUAUGGUGGUUGUGUACACACUCUGCCGACACAGAUUUAUGUUCAAACAACACUUAAAAGUGGAUUUUGCAUAAUAGUUCCCCAUAGGUGUUAACCUUAACGAUGUUUUAGCUAGACUGGCCUCUGCUUUGCACAUUUUUCAAUCUCUCCUGCCAAAAAAGGGGAAAUUGAGAUAGAUUUUUUGCAUUAUUUUGCAAAUUAUGGCAAAGUGGCCAAAAAAGUCAACGAAAGUUAUGAUAGUUAUUUUUCGAAGCCUAAUUUGCAACUUGUCUUUUAUUUAACCAGAAUUUGCACAUAAAAAAAAUACAAACUGUUUCUGUUUAAUGAUUGGUAGGCAUAGUGAAAUGUAGACAUGCAAAAAACAAACAAAAGUAGACAUGCAAAAAAUUCAACAAAAGUAUUCGACUGAGUAUAAAGUUUAUUAUCUUUUAAUUUAGUGUUAAAUGAAUUAGAAGAAGAUUAGUUUAGAGUGGGGGAGAUAAGUAUUGAACGUGUCAACAUUUUUUUCAGUAACUAUAUUUCCAAUGAGGCUAUUCACAUGAAAUUUUCACCAGACUUUGGUAUUACCUCAAGAAAUCUGGUCAGAGAUAUCGUGAGGAGCUCCUGAACGUGGACCGUUGAUGACGGAGUGAUCUUUCUUCUACUUGUGGAUUAUGGCCCCAAUGGUGUCUACUGGAGGAUUCAGAAGUUUUGAAAUACGUCUGUAUCCGAUUCCAUCAAUAUGUUUAUCAACAAUAAGGUUACGAAGGUCUUGCGAGAGCGCUUUGCUUUUACCCAACAUGAGAUGUUUCUUGCGUGACACCUUGGUAACAAAAAGCCUUUUUAUAGACCAUCAAUUUACUAAGCAGAUAUUAAUUUGCACAAAUAGGGGGUAUAAUUAAUUUUAUUAUGAUUAUUACUAUUAUGGAUUUCAGCUGGUUCUUUGCCUUACCUUGCCUUGGAGAACUGCUUUUUCUUAGCGUCUUCAAUACUUUUUUCCUGUCAUUCCACUUUAUUAUACAUAACUUUAUUUAUGGACUUUAAUUCUUUAUAUUUUGCGGAUUUCUUAAGACUGAUGUCUGGUGAAAAUUUUAUGAGAAUAACCUCAUUGGAAAUAUAUUUACUGAAAAAAAUGUUGGCACGUUCAAUAUUUAUUUCCCCCCACUGUAUAUAUAAAAGACAUUUAGCAGAAUUUGUUGCCCUGCCAAAAUAACUUGAUAAUGAUGUUAUAUCUUAAUUGUUUUCAAAUCAAUUGCAGAUCACUUCAUAUUACUGUGACCAUUUUCUGAUUUCAAAAUUAGGAUCAAUUUUCAUUGAUUGUGUUUACGUGGUGCCAAUAGAUACUGGCCUUAAAAGCAAUUUUUAUGAAACAAACCUUUCAAUAUUAUUAAUAAUCACUUACCCCAACACCUUUUUCAUUUCCACAACAGGGCCACAUAGGUAGUUUUGAUUUUAUAGGUCUAGGCCCAGUCCUUCUUGUAUUCUAUACAGUUCAAACUUUAUACCCUUGCAGAAUAACUUCAAAUAUUUGCAAGCAUACCGUUUUCCAAGCUUUAAGAUACAGUGGUGUACACUCCAUUAACCACUGUUGGAAAAUGACAGUAGAAGACCCUUCUUUCAAAAGCCUGAAAUACAAGUACAACCCAAAUGUUUUUGGGGGCUCAAACAUACGUGCAACAUGUCCCAGAAAUUGUUUUUAGUCUUUUCCUGCCAAAAAAUGCAGUUAUUUAGAAGUCAAAAAUUCAAUUUCUGUUAAUUUCAUGCUUGAUUGCUAUGUAUUGGAAAAAUUUAAUCUGUGGACCUUUGGAUCUUUGGACCAUGUGGAUAAGAAUAUCGACAUUCUGAUUAGAAUUGCUUACACAAUUAAACAAACAAAAAUAAAUCUGCGGAUUGUUUCUAAGCUUCA